GCACGAACAGUUAAUAGACGAAGAAAACUCAAGUGGGUGUGGAGAAUUUGGCAAACCGAGGGGACCGAAGUGCCCCACUUGAAACCUCUCUCCGUGGGAGGAACAGUUCCACACACCCAAGUCUCCAUCUUCUGCUGAGUAUUGUUCACAUGCUCACAUCCUCUCCGUCGUUUGUUUACCUUAUUCACACAGAUCCAGUUGAUUAGGGAGGGGUUGAAGAUAUUGGAGCUUGGGUUUUGAGCUAAUGCUUUUCUGUGGUCAAAUAAUCCCAUUAAACUUCACAUGCGUCAAUUUUCAAACUCCACCAACUUCUGGCAGAAGUUUCUUUUAAUGUUUUUGACUGCCGUGUUGCUAUGAGAGAAACAAUCUACUAAUUUGACUUGAAGCUUUUGCAUUCUCACUUGUUGGAAGGAUUAUUUUAACGAUCUAGACUAAAAUUUAGAGGUUGGAAGAACCAUAUAGUAGAGUUUUUGUCUGAUUUCCCAUUAUUUAAGAGGUUGAACUUUUCAUAUGGCUGUUGCCAAGAGCGACAGCUAUACGUUGCCAUCAUGUUAUUCACAUAUUUGUUAUAGACUAGCAAGUUUGAGAGAAACUAUUUUGGACGCAAACCAGAUUGCAAAUUUGAAUGAUCAAUAUGUUCUUGGAAAACAGUUGGGGUGGGGGCAAUUUGGCAUAAUCAGGGAAUGCAUGGAUAAAUUAACCGGGAAGGUUCUAGCAUGUAAAUCUAUUGCUAAAGAUAGGUUAGUCACUCGAGAAGAUGUGCGCAGCAUCAAACUUGAGAUUGAAAUAAUGACCAGGCUAUCUGGGCACCCUAACGUGGUCGAUCUCAAGGCCGUUUUCGAGGAGGAAGAUUAUGUGCAUCUACUGAUGGAACUUUGUGCUGGAGGUGAGCUGUUCAACCUAUUGGAAAAGCAAGGGAGAUUCUCCGAGCCCGAGGCCCGGGUUCUUUUCCGGCACCUGAUGCAAGUUGUGAUGUACUGUCACGACAAGGGUGUUGUUCAUAGAGAUUUAAAGCCAGAAAACAUUCUUCUAGCCACAAAAUCUUCUUCUUCUCCGAUAAAAUUGGCAGAUUUCGGUCUUGCAACUUACAUCAAGCCUGGACAAAGUUUGCACGGUACUGUUGGUAGUCCAUUUUAUAUAGCUCCGGAGGUCCUGUCAGGAGGAUAUGAUCAAGCAGCUGAUGUCUGGAGUGCUGGUGUGAUACUUUACAUUCUUCUGAGUGGGAUACCACCAUUUUGGGGGAAGACUAAGUCAAGAAUUUUUGAGGCUGUUAGGGCUGCUGAAUUGCGAUUUCCGUCUAAUCCCUGGGAUUUUAUAUCUUACUCUGCGAAGGAAUUGAUAAAGGGAAUGCUUUGCAUGGAUGCUUCUAAAAGGCUUACAGCUCAACAGGUUCUGGACCACUUAUGGGUAACGGGCGAUGUGAAACUUCGUGAUGAACCUCAUGAAUGUGAGCAAAAUUAUAGAUUGGGUACAGAUAAAGGUUGUUUAUCCCCCUCGCUUAUGGCCAGGAAUCAGAAUAUCAGUUUUGGAACUGAAUCACCUACUAUGGGUGAAGUUCAGUCACCUUCCUUCUCAUGCAGAUCAUCAUUCUCCUCUUUUCUGGUGGACCCAUUGACUCCUUCAUUUGUACCUGGUGGAUUUUCUUUUUGCAGUAGUGGCGGAUCAAACUCACUGGAAUUUUCUACUCCCUUUGUUGCACUGCCAAGUUUCUCUUUCUUCAGCCCAGGUAAUGUGGUUGAACAAGGAAACGGUGCUUUGAAUCUCAACAUGAACUCAUCCAGAGUCAACUUGAGUGAAAGAGAUUCUGAUGUGGGGAAGUUGUUUACAACACCAGGUUCUUCUCAAUGCUCGGAGUGUGCAGCUGAUGUGAUGGGCAAAAAGGAAGUUGAGGUUAGAAAAAGCGGGUCUGGCAAGUCUAAACUAUCAGGUAUUCAUAGCAGGAGAAACCGCACGAUUGGCCUUGGCGAAUUUGAGCAGCUCGAUCUCAUGGUGACUGAAUCAGUUAUUCGAUGGGCCUCGUGCACGGAUCUAUCAACUCCCACGUCACUUAGAUCUUCUCUUGUCUGUUAAAGGAUUGGACCAACAUGCAAUUCUAUAGGCUAGCAGCUUGACACAAUAGGUCAGGUGCCAACGAAUAUUUGCCACAUGUACAGAGUUUGAAGUUUAGCUUAUUUGUCGUCUCAAAUUGUCCAAUAGUUUCCGUGAUUUCCUUCAUCAACACCAACUUUCAUGUUUAUUUUUGCGUUGUAUAUUGUUAAAUGACAUGAUUUUGCUGCUUAUGUUUCCAAAGCAUUAUUGUACUAUGCAUGAAUUAUCAGGCAAAGUUGUGAAUUAAGAGUAUAUAAGUAAUUAGCAUGAAAGGUUCUUG